AGCCCUAGCUCUCCUCUUCUUCUAACCAAAAAGGACCACGACGAUGGCGCCAUCCAUCCUCCUCCCUCUCUUCCUCCUCGUCGCGGUCGCCGACGCCGCGACCUUCACCAUCACCAACAGAUGCCAGUACACCGUGUGGCCGGCGGCCGUGCCGUCGGGCGGCGGCGCGAAGCUCGACCCGGGGCAGACGUGGACCAUCGACGUGCCGGCGGGCACCACGGGCGGGCGCGUGUGGCCGCGCACGGGCUGCGGCUUCGACGGCAACGGCAACGGGCAGUGCCAGACGGGCGACUGCGGCGGGAAGCUGGCGUGCACGGCGUACGGCGCGGCGCCCAACACGCUGGCCGAGUUCGCGCUCAACCAGUGGAGCAACCUCGACUUCUUCGACAUCUCCCUCGUCGACGGCUUCAACGUGCCCAUGGCGUUCCUCCCCGCCGGGGGCAGCGGCGCCGCCGGGUGCCCCAAGGGCGGGCCGCGGUGCGCCGCGGCCAUCACGCCGCAGUGCCCCGGCGAGCUGAGGGCGGCCGGAGGGUGCAACAGCGCGUGCACGGUGUUCAGGGAGGACAAGUACUGCUGCACCGGUUCGGCGGCGAACAGCUGCGGCCCGACCAGCUACUCCGAGUUCUUCAAGCGCCUCUGCCCGGACGCCUACAGCUACCCCAAGGACGAUCCCAGCAGCACCUACACUUGCCCCGGCGGCACCAACUACCAUGUCAUCUUCUGCCCAUGAUCGAUCGGCAGCGAUCGAGAGACUGAUCGAUCUAUGAUCUUGGGAUGAUUAUGCAUGUGAACCGUGAUUUGUGAUAUAUAUACCAUAGAAUAAGUUGCAGGCGCGAACAAGAACAGAUUUGUGAUAUCGUUGAAUAAAUAGAAACAUCCUGUUGUAUGCGUUGAUAUAUAUGAUCAUAUACAUGAACGGAUUUCAUAGUAUAAACACGGUUACGAGUUUAGUUGGUUGAUAUUUGGGCACGUACAAAUAUGCUUAUUA